AUGGGCAAUGGCAAUGUCAAGGGUAAUGGGGGAGUGAGCAAUGGCAACACCAAUGGCUAUGGUGGAAUGAGCAAUGGCAACGCCAAUGGCUAUGGUGGAAUGAGCAAUGGUAAUAUCAAGGGCUCUGGGGGAGUGAACAAUGGCAACGCCAAUGGCUACGGUGGGAUGAGCAAUGGCAAUAUCAAGGGCUCUGGGGGAGUGAACAAUGGCAACGCCAAUGGCUAUGGUGGAAUGGACAUUGGCAAUAUCAAGGGCUCUGGGGGAGUAAGCAAAGGCAACACUUUUGGUUAUGGUGGAAUGGACAUUGGCAACGCCUACGGGUAUGGUGGAAGAGACUUUGGUGGAAAGGGUGACCUACUAGGUGUUGGAAAUAAUAUUAAAUUUGGUGGAAAGGGCAACCCAUUCGGCUUUGGAAACAAUUUUAACUUUGGUGGAAAAGGCAACCCAUUCGGUUUCGGAAACAAUCUUAACAUUGGUGGUAAAGUUGGGCCAUUCGGCUUCGGAAAUAAUUUUAACUUUGGUGGAAAAGGCAACCCAUUCGGCUUCGGAAACAAUCUUAACUUUGGUGGCAAAGUCGACCCAUUCUGCUGCGGAAAUGAUUUCAACUUUGGUGGAAUUGGCGGUCCAUUUGGCUUCGGAAACAUCUUUGGUGGAAUAGGACAGCCAUUUGGCUUCGGAGAUAAUUUAAAAUUUGGUGGAAUUGGCAAUCCAUUCGGCUUCGGCAACAGUUUUAACUUUGGUGGAAUUGGUAAUCCAUUUGGCUUCGGAAACAUCUUCGGUGGAAAAGGCGACCCAUUCGGUUUCGGAAACAGUUUUAACUUUGGUGGAAACUUUGCACCUGGUUUCAAGGGCUUUCUAGGAGGGAAAGGUUCUGGCUUUGGUAGCAGUUUCGGUCCUAGGUUUGUAAACGGUGGUCAUGCUCCCGGUUUUGGUGCUAAAUUUGGUUUCGGAGGGCUCAAAGGAUAA